GUACAAAAGAGAGUCUCUGAAGGUUUUGGGACGGUGGGAGAGCCGAUCAACCCCGAGGCCUGGAGUGGUAUUACUCGUGGUGGAGAGAAGAGGUGUCCGAUCGUCGACACUUUCUGGCAGACGGAAACCGGAGGACACGUGUUGACUCCUCUACCUGCAGCCACGCCCAUGAAACCAGGAUCUGCUACGUUCCCGUUCUUUGGAGUGAUACCCGCCAUCUUGAAUGAGUCGGGAGAGGAGCUGGAGGGGCCGAGCGAAGGAUACCUGGUGUUCAAGCAGCCGUGGCCCGGCGUGAUGAGGACGGUGUACGGAAACCAUCAGAGGUUUGAAACCGUCUACUUCAAGAAGUUCCCGGGAUACUACGUGACAGGAGACGGUUGCCGUAGAGACAAGGACGGCUACUAUUGGAUAACAGGGAGGAUAGACGACAUGUUGAAUGUUUCAGGUCACCUGUUGAGCACGGCGGAGGUGGAGUCGGCUCUGGGGGAGCACUGGGCCGUGGCCGAAGCCGCCGUGGUGGGACGACCUCAUCCCGUGAAAGGAGAGAGCCUGUACUGCUUUGUGACGCUCACAGACGGAGUGAAGUACAACCGCACGCUGGAGGCAGAACUCAAAGAAACAAGUACGGGAGAAGAUCGGCGCCAUUGCAACGCCAGACUACAUCCAGGAAGCUCCGGGACUCCCCAAGACCCGAUCUGGUAAGAUCAUGCGACGGUUGCUCCGUAAAAUCGCCUGUGACGAGCGAGACCUGGGCGACACCUCCACUCUGGCCGACUCCUCGGUGAUCGAGCAGCUCUUCCAGAACAGAUGCUGCACCGCCGUCUGACCGCCGCCUCUCACGUCCUCGCAGUGAGGCGCCAAAACCCAGCCAGGGAGGGUGAGGAGGAGGAGGGUGAGGAGGAGGAGGAGGAGGAGGAGGAGGAGGAGGAAUCUAUGAAUUUAGUCUUGUCCAUGAAACAAUCUUUAGCUCCUGAUGUGCAGCAGAGAGCCCCGCUGUCAGAGGAGAGAGCAGCAGGUGGAGACACGUCUGCGUCUUCACUGAGACAACAGAUUUUAAACAACAACAAAGUGUAUGAAUGAGUUUAUCAUCCUGUUGGUGUGAAUGUUUUCUAGAAGCUGAGAGAGAGAGAAUCCUGCAGGGGUCAGAACAGGGUAACACUUCAUUUCAGUUUAUUCCAGCGUCGUCUGUCAUGUACGAGGACAUUCAGAUAUUUUUAAACAUCCAGUUUUACUCAUCAGGUGGUUAAAUGACUUGUAGACACGAAAAGAUGAUUUCAGAUCCAAACAGAAAUGACUCGCCUUUGAAGACGACAAACUGACCACAUAAUCUGCGCUCGCCGCGGUCUCUCAGCGCCAGCACUACGCCUCCGUUCGCUGCCACUUUAGUCAAUGAGCGGUCCGUCUCCAGAGCGGGCCAGCGGCGCCACUACACUCUGCUCCAUUUCAAACAUUCUGAGUGUCUAUUUUAAACGGAGCUCGCUGCAAGCGUGCGUCAAACUGGACAGAAUAUGACAACCCAGACAGGAAGUCAGACAAGGAAAUGCACAGAGUGUCUGCUCAAUUUCACAGUAAAACACAACACACAGACUCCUGAUCGUAUUUUUCAUCAUUUUAUUUUGACAUCAAAACAGGCAGCGAACAAACAAAUCAUCUUCAGAAAGACAGAGCAACAUGUUGUUUGCACUACUUCUCCUGUGAUGUGUGUCCAGCUGAUCAAUGCUGCGCUCACGUUCCAGAAACAGAUCCAGUGGGACAGGGCGCUCGCCGUCUGCACAGAUUAUGUGGAAAUUGGGGGUCAGAAGAAUAAGUGUGUUUCUCACAUUAACGAUAACGAGCACUUUGAGUCGACACACUCUCCCUUUUCUUUCAUCUUCAACAGCAAAUUCAAAUCUUUUUGUACCUUUGAGUCAUUAAAGAUCUUCUAAUUUGUAAAACAGGUUUUGAAAAUGUCUGAAAAUCCCUCUGAGGACAAUAAAAACCGUCUUCAGUACUUCCUGCCACAGUGAGUCCUGUGUCAGUGCAGGACAAGAGGACGAGAGUCUUCACUGGAAUAAAGCUGAUGUGACAUGUGACCAUUAGCUGGCCUGAAGUUAAGACAACAAGUCGUCUCCUCCCUCGCUCCAUGCCAUAGUACUGUUAUGUACACUGAUGAUAAUCUCAUACCUGAGAAAACAACGCCUCUUUAUGUUUUCACUCUGAAGCUUCAGUGUUUAUCCAGCUCUGCAUGGGUCUGUAAACCUUUCUGUGUUCUAACCUCUCUCCAUUUUUCAAAAGCAUCUCCAAUAUUGAUCCUAGUUUGAGCACGUUUCUGCUCGAAGUGUAGUUAAAUUACCCAAACCUUUGACUACCCUUUUUUUUAAAUUUGGUAUUCCUGUGAUUAUUUGUGGCAGCAGGAUAUUGUAGGGAACAUAAACUACAAUGUAUGAUGUGUGUGCUUUCACCCUGAUGUGUUUUUAAUUGUUUUUCGUCUAAAAUGGCGCUCUAUUGGACGGAGGAAAAUGGCGUACAAAAACUAUUCAGCCAUCACUGUUGCUGUAUUUCUUUAAGGGAUUUGUCGACUGUGAGAAAACUCACCAGACGUCUUCCAUCCAUAAUCAAAGAGUAAAUGUUUCCAGUCAGAAUCAGCUGAGCUAUGAGCGACUUUGACUUGAUCGUGAGAAUGUUUGAUUCCUUCAGAGCGACACCGACUCAAAGCAGGACCGCUCACAUCAGCUUUUCAUUAUUUAAUCUUUAUUUUUUUAUUAUUUGCUGUUGCUGUUUGUGUCUCAAUGUGCCAACCUAAGGGACAGCCGGGGUGUAUCAAGCUAAUAACUGUAUGCAAUGUUGAUUAAAAUAAGUUGCAGCUGUUUAUUUGAUUUAAAGCGUGUUUGUCGUGUAUGAGAUUUGUUUCUGUUUUUUUGUUUUAGUUUAAUCUUUGUUUUAAUUUCCCUGUUUGUGUCGACCUGUAUGUAAACAGAGUAAAACAAUACAUGACUACUGCCUCA